GGGGGAGGGGGAGAAAACGACCAGCGCAGACCUCCUUCGUCAUCCUCGUUCGAGCACCAUCGCGAAACCAGUAAGGAAAGCCACGAGCUUUGGCCAUGGCGGAGCCGAGUCUUUUCGCGGAGGCCCGCCUGCCCCACCAGCGAUCGUACGGCGGCGUCUUUUUCCCGUCGGUCUUGGCUCCGAACUCCGGGAUUCCACCGCCUUCGCUGUCCGUGCUGACCCAGGCGAUCAAGACGCAGAAGCCGUACCUCGAGUCGCUGGUCCGGGAGGCCGGGACGCUGCUGCUCCGGGGGUUCCCGGUGGGCUCCGCCGCCGACUUCAACGCCGUCGUCGAGGCGUUCGGGUACGAGGAGCUGCCGUACGUCGGGGGCGCCGCCCCGCGGACCAACGUCGUCGGCCGGGUCUUCACGGCCAACGAGUCGCCGCCCGAUCAGAAGAUCCCCUUCCACCACGAGAUGGCUCAGGUUCCUGAAUUCCCAUCCAAGCUGUUCUUCUUCUGCGAAGUCGAGCCGGCGAGCGGCGGGGAGACUCCCAUCGUGCUCAGCCAUGUCGUCUACGAACGGAUGAGAGAGAAGUACCCGGAUUUCGUGCAGCGGCUAGAAGAGCACGGGUUGAUCUACACGCGGGUGCUAGGGGAAGAGGACGAUCCAUCUUCCCCGAUCGGCCGCGGCUGGAAAUCGACGUUCUUGACCGAUGACAAGAGCUUAGCCGAGAAGAGGGCUGCUCGGUUGGGUAUGAAGCUGGAGUGGACAGAAGACGGUGUCAAGUCGAUCAUGGGUCCGAUCCCAGCAAUCAAACACGAUGAGUCGCGGAACCGCAAGAUCUGGUUCAACAGCAUGGUGGCGGCGUACACUGGCUGGGAAGACGCGAGGAACAACCCCGUGAAGGCAGUGACGUUCGGUGACGGCAGUCCCUUGCCUGGCGACGUGAUUCACGACUGUCUCAAGAUCCUCGAAGAAGAGAGCAUCGCGAUUCCCUGGAAGAAAGGCGACGUCUUGCUGGUGGACAACUUGGCCGUCCUUCAUUCUCGGAGGUCGUUUGAUCCGCCACGCCGGGUGUUAGCUUCACUUUGCAAGUAAAUCACAGGCACUCUGGCCAUCACACUGGGAUGGAGAGGUGAUGAGAAUGGCCUAGAUAGUACAUCAACUGAAUAAUUCCAGUGUAUAUGAUCAUCACUGGAAUAGAUUGUACAUGGUGGAUCUACUCUGAACAAUUAGCAUAUUCCUUCAAUCCUCUAAACCGCACGUCAUUGUCAACUUUUUACCAAAUGAAUCCCCAAGCACUGUUUCUGUC